GUCAUGUGUGUGAGAACUUGUGCACGCGCGGCCAUGUUGACUGAAGUCUGAAGAGACAAAGGGAUAGUGUUAAUGCGAGCUACAGCAGCAAGGAGUUUCUCAACACAGAAGCGGAUACUUAUGUUUAAGAGCUCAGCGAAGAUUUAAAAUCCUUGAGGUUAAAAAGGUGGCACACUGCAGAAUCCAGAUUUUUCUUCACCAAGGUGUUCAAAGGGACGACAAGCCAGAGAGAAAAGAAGCAGCCAAUGAAUGCAGAAUUGAAGUAGUUCUGUAUUGACUUUCCAAAUUAAAUAUAGUGCCAUUAGGUUCAUUAGGGACAUAUUGGUAUAACAUUUCACAUAAAGAUAAAGAAACACCAAAAAUCUUUGUAGAUCAUAACCUGAAAUUAACAUUUUUGAAUUUCAUAUGUUCUUAAGCCCUUGGGUCCAAAAACAGUAUAAAAGGUAUUGUACCUCAGAGUAAGACAAAAUACUGGAAGUCAAUUUUUUACAAAAUCUUCAGGUGUAACAAAAGUGACAGAAAAAAUAGCAUAUUUGUGCUUUUACAUAUAAAUGUCCAAAGGCUAGAUUUGAGUGAUUCAAAAAUACAUGCUUGCCAAUCGUGUAUUUUAAUAGUGGCAGCAGGCUAUAUUUAUUCUUAUAAAUACAAUUUUCUCCUCUUUUGGGAGAGUUUUCUUAGAAACUAUUUUCAUACGGCAACACCUCUUCUUUUCAAGAGGUCUGCACGUACAAGUGAGAGUAGUACAAAACAACUGUUUACACAGUAGGGCAUUGGGAUUGACAGAAGCAGUGAAAGAACAGGACAUUAGCAUAAGCAUCCUAGAAGAGAAAUCUGCAAGAAGCCAACAACUGUGAGAAGUUAUUCCUAUAGCAAUGGCCACUGCAAGAACACAGAUCCUCGCCUCAGUCAUGGGAGUCACCAAGCAGAAUGGGCAGCCCAGGCCAGCAGACCUCCAGUCGGGAUCACAACCAGCAACAGUGCUCAGUGCCUCCCAGAAAGGAAGCAGCAUACCACACACCAGUGGUGGUAUCAGAUUUGGAGAUGACUGGAAGAAGUCCCUGCAGCUACCACAAAAAGAUAUGAGAGUGAAAACCUCAGAUGUGACCGCAACCAAGGGGAAUGAGUUUGAAGACUAUUGCCUUAAACGUGAAUUGUUAAUGGGCAUCUUCGAAAUGGGUUGGGAGAAGCCAUCUCCUAUUCAGGAGGAGAGCAUUCCCAUUGCCCUAUCAGGAAGGGACAUUCUAGCUCGGGCCAAAAAUGGCACGGGGAAGAGCGGAGCCUACCUCAUCCCUCUCCUGGAGAGGAUUGACUUAAAAAAGGGUCAUAUUCAAGCCAUAGUAAUGGUGCCAACUCGUGAAUUGGCUCUGCAGGUGAGCCAAAUCUGUAUCAACAUGAGCAGGCACAUGGGGGGAGUGAAGGUCAUGGCCACCACUGGAGGAACCAAUCUAAAGGAUGACAUCAUGCGCCUGGAUGAGACGGUGCAUGUGGUGAUAGCCACCCCAGGUAGGCUGCUGGACCUUAUGAAGAAAGGUGUGGCCAAAGCUGACAAAGUCCACAUGAUGGUGAUGGAUGAGGCAGACAAGUUGCUCUCUCAAGACUUUGUCAUCCUCAUUGAGGAUAUUAUUGGAUUUUUGGACAAGAAUCGUCAGAUUCUGCUUUAUUCUGCCACCUUCCCCAUCACUGUACAAAAAUUCAUGUCAAAACACCUAAGAAAGCCCUACGAGAUUAACCUGAUGGAUGAGCUGACUCUGAAGGGCAUUACUCAGUACUAUGCAUAUGUAACAGAGAGACAGAAAGUACACUGCCUCAACACUCUUUUCUCCAGGCUCCAGAUCAACCAGUCUAUAAUCUUCUGUAACUCAACCCAGAGGGUGGAACUUUUGGCUAAGAAGAUCACACAACUGGGCUACUCUUGUUUUUACAUCCAUGCAAAAAUGAUGCAGGAAUACAGAAAUCGUGUGUUCCAUGACUUCAGAAAUGGUCUGUGUAGAAACCUGGUUUGCACAGAUCUUUUCACAAGAGGAAUUGACAUUCAGGCUGUCAAUGUGGUCAUCAACUUUGACUUUCCCAAAAAUGCGGAGACCUAUCUACACCGCAUCGGUAGAUCAGGCAGGUUUGGGCACCUGGGUCUGGCCAUUAAUCUGAUCACUUCAGAUGAUCGUUUCAAUCUGAAGGCCAUUGAGGACCAGCUAGUGACCGACAUUAAGCCCAUUCCUGGUAGCAUUGAUAAGAGCCUGUAUGUGGCAGAGUUCCACUCCAUUAACCACGAGGAAGAGGAAGAGAAAGAGGCUGCACUCAGUGCAUCUUAACUGAUUCUCCGCUGGAGAAUAGAUGGAUGGUGCCUGGCAUUUGCACAUCUUCUGUUGAACAUGGGCACAAGGGUGAAGUCCCCUUUACUUCAUUUGGCCUUUUUUUUCUUUCAGAUUUGUUGUUUCCACUGUUUCACUGGCUCUGCAAAGCUAUCAGACUCCUAAAUACCACCCUGCAUGUUACUAACACUGCUCUAAAAGAAUGUCUUUUUUUUUUUUUUUUUUUGUAUCACCGUUUCCCAAAUGUUACAUUUGCCCAUCACUUUUGCUUUGUUACCAAACAUGAAAGCAUACUUCAGCUCAGUAUGGUCAUGUGUAAAACCUACCUCGGCAACCCUGCCCCCUAAAAAAAAAAAAAAGUGCUAGUAUAGUUGAAAGUGAUUUGUAGAUUUGUAUAGUUCCAUGUGAUCUUACAUGAGCACUUGCUUACACAGUUAUGCAUAACCUAAGUGCCUUUAGUGCUUUAUGAACACUCAGUGGGACCCCUGGUUCAGGAUUAAGUGGCCUGAAUAUAUUUUUAAAAAGCACAAAAUUAAUCAGGUUUUUCGAAUUUGCUCUAUUUGCAAAUUAGAUUUUUUUAAUAUGGCAUGCAUUCCUAUAAGACAUUAUUGUAUGUCUGAGCCAGCUUUUUUUUUUUUUUUUUUUUUAACCAGUUUGCCCAAUGCAGGUUUUUUGUUCAUCUCUGUGUUUUGAUGUAAUAAUACAGACUGACAAGUGCUACUGUUUAAAAAAAAAAAAAAAAAAAAAAAAAAGGACUCGCCUGUGUGUAGUUUUUUCAAAGCUGUUUGAUGCCAAUCUGAGCCAAUUCAAGCCCACUUUUUCCUUGUUUAUAUUUAAAUUUAAAUUUUACUAUCUUUGAUGCAUUGUGAGUAGAAGUUGUGCUUUUACUUUGCCCUGUAAAAGGGAGACUGUCCAAAGCUUUUGUUCCAGAUGUCACUGCCAGCAUCUACACUCUCAUUUUCUUUGAAGAGAAAUAAAGUAUCCAGCAUAUUUUCCCAUA